UCUCCCUCCCUACCGGUGAGGACGCUAGGGAGGAGGAGCAGUCACUUCCCAGGGGAGGUGGAAGUCGGCCAUCUGGAAAGGGGGCAGAGCCGCGGAGCGCAAUGUCAUCGACCCGGUCGGGAAGCAUGGUGGCAGGUAUUGGUUGACGGUGGUUGCCCUCGCUGACCAAUCGGGACGGGAUGGAGCGUACAAAUGGGGGCAUGGCCCAGGGUUCUGUUCCUUCUGGCAAGGUACUGUGUGUGUGAGAGAGAGAGAGAGAGAGAGAGAGAGAGAGAGAGAGAGAGAGAGAGAGAGAGAGAGAGAGAGAGAGAGAGAGAGAGAGAGAAACGAGCAGGGAGUUGAAAGACGGGACGUCUUUGUUGAGGGUUGACCUGCUAACCCAUCUCCUUUUGUAUUUUAGAGCACUAAUAGGACGCUCCGGGAAUACUUCUGAGGAGUGACAAACCGGAAGUGCCGGAUUAUUACCCCGCGUGUUUUCCCAUUCACAGAAUUACAAAGGGAAGACAGACUGUUUUUGUUGUUUGUUUAUUUUGGGACUGCAACCCCGUUUUACUGUAUUUUGUCGGGUUACACAUUGUUGUGUACCCCAGCUUCCUUUCUUUUGUCAGGUUAAACAUUGUUGUGUACCCCGGCUUCCUUAUUUGUUUAUUGUUAUUAUUAUUUCUUUUGAGUGCGUUUUUUUUGACCUUAUGAAAGGAUAAUAAAACCAGGUGCAUAAACUCACUGGAGUCUGUUGUUUUUCACCACCACUACACUCAUUCUGCCACACGUGGCGUCAGAAGGGGGAAUGGAUCCAGCCACUUUGGCGGCGGUCCUGGAGGCUUUGGACAGCUGAAGGGAGGCUGAGGAAUGGAGGAGGGAGGAAGGAUACACAGCUCUCAUCGAGAGGGUCAGGAUGGGGAUGAUGUUGGCAAUGGGCCCCGGGAUGGUGGCCCCAAAGACCUUGGCCCAGAAAGUGACAGUAGAGGAUGACCUGGAAGCCUACCUCGUGGCAUUUGAGAGACUGGACACCACAGCAGCAUGGCCCCGGGAGUACUGGGCAAGUCAACUUGGCCCUUGCUUAAUUGGGGAAGCACAAACAGCGUACCGGGUCAUGACGGACGACGAUGCUGCCCAGUACAACCUGGUGAAACAGGCUAUCCUCUGCCAUUUUAACAUCAUGGGAGAGACUCACCGGGUCAGGUUCCAAGAGAGCCGACGGCCAUCAAACACCCGGCCCAGGGCAGUGGCCCAGCAGCUAAGGAACCACAUGGCACAAUGGCUGAACCUGAGCCAGAAAACCGGGGUUCAGAUGGGGGAGGCCAUUGUUAUGGAGCAGUUCUGUCAUGUGGUCGGGGCUGAAACGCAGGCCUGGAUUCGCCGGCACAACCCCACUACCCUGGACCAGGCCAUGGCGUUGGCUGAAACCUUUGAGGACGCCCGCAUGUCCGCCCAAACCACCCUGCUGAACUGCCCCUUACCAAGGGACCACCAUCAACACCCCCCCGGACCAAGGCCUGCCAGACAACCGACCCUAUCGGGCCAUCUGCCCCCCUUACCAUGGCGGCAGAGGUUGGCCCCCAGCUGGGGUAGAGUGGUGUCCCCCGCCCAGCUGUCAUACCAACAGCGGGACAAAUAUGUACCACCCUUGCUCUCUGCCCCACCAGUCUGCUUUAGUUGCCAGCAGCCGGGACACAUUGGCAGUUACUGCCCGGCAGCCAUGGAGUGCGACUUGGCUGCGUGCCACCUGGCAUCGGAGACAGGUAAGAAAUGGGGAAAUGGUUGGGAUGGCCAGUGUAUAGUUGAUGUUAUGCUGGGGAAUGUGAAAACCCACGCGUUAGUGGACACGGUGUGAGCAAACUUUGAUUCGGACAGCUCUCCUCGGCGGUGUGUCGUGGCAGCCACAAGGACAGGUGGUGAUCUCUUGUAUCCAUGGAGACACAGUGACAUACCCCACCCUAAAAGUAUAUCUAUAUCGGUAGGUCCGAUAAAGCACCACCUGGUAGUGGAGGUGGCCGAAAAGUUACCACACCUGAUUAUUCUGGGUCGAGACUGGCCGCAAUAUAAGGAUUUAUUAAAAGUAUCAGCAGCCUAGACCACACAUGUAGACCCCCGGGAAAGGGAAGUAAUUGGCACCAUUUUUCUUUUCCAUGCAGAACUGUUUUCUCUACUUUUUCAUCCUAGGAAAACACACAAGGAGAGACGGAGGGAAAAGUGGGAAGGCGCUUUGAUUCAACACGGUUGGGGCCUGGCGAGGGAAGGGUCUGAUGGUCCCAAACGACAUUCGAAGGGAGUGGGAACUCAGUGUGACCGGGCGGGCGAGAUUACUGGACCCUUGAGGGUGGAGACUGCUUCAGCCCCUGUCAAUAUCCUGGACGUGUGGGCCUCAAGCGAAUUCAUCGGGACGCUCCGGGAGUACUUCGAAGGAGCAACAACCCGGAAGUGCUUGAUUAUUACCCCGUGUGUUUUCCCGUUCACAGAAUUACAAAGGGAAGACAGACUGUUUUUGUUGUUUUUUUAUUUUGGGACUGCA